UCCAGUUUGCAAGAAUUGGGACUCUUUGAUCAUUCCACAAAGAUGGUUUAGACAAACAAGAUAUAUAUUGUGAAUUAUCGGAAACAGUUGAUCGAUUGAAAUCAGUGUUUUUCAUGCAAUAAAUGGAAAUGGAAAGAUACGAAAUUUUGAAGGAUUUGGGAUCUGGGAAUUUUGGUGUGGCUAAGCUUGUGAAGGAUAAAUGGAGUGGUGAGCUCUUUGCUGUUAAGUACAUUGAGAGGGGCAAAAAGAUUGAUGAGCAUGUUCAGAGGGAAAUCAUGAACCAUAGGUCACUCAGACACCCCAAUAUUAUCAGAUUUAAAGAGGUAUUGCUGACUCCAACUCAUCUAGCCAUAGUAAUGGAAUACGCAGCGGGAGGAGAGCUCUUCGAGCGAAUAUGCAAUGCCGGGAGAUUCAGCGAAGACGAGGCAAGAUUUUUCUUCCAACAGCUGAUAUCUGGAGUCAGUUAUUGCCAUUCCAUGCAAAUUUGCCAUAGAGAUCUCAAGCUUGAAAACACAUUGUUGGAUGGGAGCCCUGCGCCCCGCCUCAAGAUAUGUGACUUCGGUUAUUCUAAGUCAGCUGUGUUGCAUUCUCAACCUAAGUCGACGGUCGGAACGCCAGCUUAUAUCGCGCCAGAGGUGUUGUCGAGGAAAGAAUACGACGGCAAGAUUGCAGAUGUUUGGUCAUGUGGUGUUACACUAUAUGUGAUGCUAGUUGGUGCAUAUCCAUUUGAAGAUCCUGAUGAUCCAAGGAAUUUCAAGAAGACAAUCAAUCGUAUACUCAGCGUCCAUUAUUCCAUCCCCGACUACGUUAGAAUCUCCAACGAAUGCAAACAUCUUUUGUCUCGGAUAUUUGUUUCUGAUCCUGAAAAGAGAAUAACCAUUCCUGAAAUUAAGAAACACCCUUGGUUUCUAAAGAACCUUCCAAUAGAAUUCAUGGAAGGAGAGGAAGCUAGUUUGGAGAUGAUAAAUUCAGACAACUACUCUACUCAAAGUAUUGAAGAGGCAUUGGCAGCCAUACAAGAAGCUACGAGAACAUCCGACUCCCCUAAAACGGGCGGUCUGGUGCUCGAAGGGAGCAUGGAUCUCGAUGACAUCGACACCGAUGAAGAUAUAGAUGAGGUAGAGACAAGUGGGGAUUUUGUGUGUGCACUUUGAUCUUCAACUUAGAUAAUACUACCACUUUGUGGUUAAGGUUAUGAGCCACUAGUUUAUUGUACAAACAAAAAGAGAGGUUGCCAUCUUCAAAUAAUAAAUGUAUAAGUUCAUUUCAA